GUUCUCGUGUCAAUGUCCGAGAAGGACGCUACGGCCACGAUCAUCAAUCCGAUCAACAACCAAUCGUAUGCCCUUGAGCCUGGCAUCGUUGACGUCAUGAGCCAAUCACGUGAUUACAAUGAGUUGUUGUGGGCGUGGCUUGGCUGGCACAACAAUGCUGGUCGUGCGGUGAAGGAGGAGUUCAGUGAGAUGGUCCAGCUGCUCAACAAGUGUGCCCAAGAAAAUGGUUAUAAGGACGCGAGCGUUGUCUGGAAGUUGGGCGACUACGAUGACGCUGGCAUCGAGUCGAGCAUGGAUGCUCUGAUGGCCGAAAUAAUGCCGCUCUACAGAAAGUUGCAUGCAUUCGUAAGGAAGAAGUUGUACGAUUUCUACAUAAAAAAAAACAGCUCCAGUUCUACUACCAAGUUUGGUGAAGUUGCGGAAGAAAUUAAUAAAUUUGAGCCUGAUGGAUACAUUCCAGCUCAUAUACUAGGAAACAUAUUUUGCCAACACUGGACUAACAUCCUUGACCUCGUCCUUCCAUUUCCCGGUGCUCCUCCCACUGACCUCACUUCCGUCAUGAAGAAGAAAAACUUCACCGUUCAUAAGAUGUUCAAAGUUGCAGAGGAGUUCUUCACUUCAAUGGGCUUCCAACCGAUGACUGCCAUUUUCUGGAAGGAGUCUGUGGUGCAGAGGCCAGCCGACCCGAACGUCAAGAUGGUCUGCCAUGCCUCCGCCUUCGAUAUGGUCCGCAAGGAUGAUUAUCGCAUCAAAAUGUGUGCGCAGGUCGUUGAAGAUGACUUCCACACCGUGCACCAUGAAAUGGGACACGUCGUCUACUUCAUGGAGUACCAACACCUGCCCAGAAUAUUCACAAAUGGGGCAAAUUCAGCAUUUCAUGAGGCGGUUGGCGACACGAUCGGUCUCUCAACCACCACUUCCAAACAUUUGAAGAGUGUAGGACUGAGUAGUGAUGACGAUGAAGAUGGCGUCACUCAAAAUGAUGAUUUGAUGGAGAGAGCCUUGGAAAAGUUAGCCUUCAUACCGUACGGCUACAUUAUCGAUAAGUGGAGGUUCAGGGCAUUCAGAGGUGACAUCACCCCAGAUCAGUACAACGAUGAUUGGUGGAGAUUGAUACGAAAAUAUCAAGGACUGAACGCGCCAGUAGUCAGGAAGUUCACGGAUUUUGAUCCCGGUGCCAAGCAUCACGUGCCAGCCAAUGUGCCCUACAGCAGAUACUUUUUCAGUUACAUCGGACAGUUCCAGUUCUACGAAUCCCUAUGCCGAGAGGCUGGAGAGCGUGGUCCCUUGUACAAUUGUGACUUCUACAGAUCCAAGAAGGCCGGCCGAAAACUCGGACGCAUGCUGAAAAAAGGAAACAGUGUUCCAUGGAGAGCGUUGAUGCGCGAGUUGACGGGACAGUCUGACUUCAAGACCUCAUCCAUCCUCAAAUAUUUCAAGCCUCUCAGUGAUUGGCUGGAUGAAAAUAUCAAGGACGUUCCUAUUGGCUGGCCGUCUGGUGAUGAGUAG